AUGUUUCGGUCUUGGAGGAGCUUCCAGCAGUUUAACUGCAAGCUCCAGGCUUUACAAAGACUCAACGUCCGUUCCAGACGGCUCUUCUGCACCUCCAGGAUGAGCUGCUCACAGUUCAGGGUGGAGCGGGACACGUUCGGUGAGCUGAAGGUCCCAGCUGACAAGUACUACGGAGCCCAGACUGUCAGAUCCACCAUGAACUUUAAGAUCGGGGGGCCGAGUGAGAGAAUGCCCCUCCAAGUGAUCAAGGCCUUUGGGGUCCUGAAGAAAGCUGCUGCUGAGGUGAACAAGGACUACGGCCUCAACCCACAGGUGGCAGAUGCGAUCUGCCAGGCUGCAGACGAGGUGGCAGCGGGUAAGCUGGAUGAUCAUUUCCCUCUGGUGGUGUGGCAGACUGGGUCUGGAACCCAGACCAACAUGAACGUCAACGAGGUGAUCAGCAACAGGGCCAUUGAGAUCAUGGGAGGGAAGCUGGGCUCCAAGGAUCCCGUCCACCCCAACGACCACGUCAACAAGAGCCAGAGCUCCAACGACACCUUCCCCACCGCCAUGCACAUCGCUGCGGCCACAGAGGUCCACCAUGUCCUGCUGCCCGGCCUGCAGGCUCUCCACGAUGCUCUGGCUGCCAAAUCCGAAGAGUUCAAAGAUAUCAUCAAGAUAGGGCGCACACACACUCAGGAUGCUGUGCCGCUCUCACUGGGACAAGAGUUCAGUGGUUAUGUCCAACAGGUCAAGUACAGCAUAGCGAGAGUGAAGUCCGCCAUGCCCCGGGUGUAUGAGCUGGCAGCAGGUGGCACAGCGGUAGGAACAGGACUAAACACCCGAAUUGGCUUUGCUGAGAAAGUGGCCUCCACCGUUGCUUCUCUCACAGGCCUGCCUUUUGUGACAGCUCCCAACAAGUUUGAAGCCCUGGCGGCCAACGAUGCCCUGGUGGAGCUGAGCGGAGCCCUGAACACUGUGGCUGUCAGCAUGAUGAAGAUUGCCAACGACAUCCGCUUCUUGGGUUCAGGACCCCGCUCCGGCCUCGGGGAGCUCAUCUUACCAGAGAACGAGCCGGGGAGCAGCAUCAUGCCGGGCAAGGUGAACCCCACCCAGUGCGAGGCCAUGACCAUGGUCGCAGCCCAGAUUAUGGGGAAUCACGUGGCGGUCACCAUCGGAGGCAGCAAUGGACACUUUGAGCUCAAUGUCUUCAAACCCAUGAUCAUCAAGAACGUGCUGAACUCUGCACAGCUACUGGGCAACGCAUCUGUCUCCUUCACCAACAACUGCGUGGUGGGGAUCCAGGCCAACACAGAGAGGAUCAACAAGCUCAUGAAUGAGUCCCUCAUGUUGGUGACAGCACUCAACCCACACAUCGGCUACGACAAAGCGGCUGCCAUCGCCAAGACGGCUCACAAGAAAGGCACCACGCUGAAGGCUAUGGCCAUUGAGCUGGGAUACCUGACCGAGGAGCAGUUCAACCAGUGGGUGAGGCCAUGUGAAAUGCUGGGGCCAAAGUAA